AUGUUUCAAUGCCCUUGCGAGCAUGUGGCAGCACUACGAGAGGUAAAGCGGGCCAUGGGGGUCCACCACGACUACCUUGACGGGUGGCUUUACCUCUUCCUUGCCAACAAGAAGUUUGACAUUGCGGAGACGGUUGCAAAGCUCCGACGACGCGAUGACAUGGAGCGGACAGUGUUUGCGAAGUACACCAUGACGGACAGUCUGCGCAAAUCGAUGCGGGCGGGUAUUGUGCAGUACAUAGGGCGAGAUAAGGAGGGUCAUCCGGUGCUCUACUUCAAUACAGCGCGCGACCGCCCCACGGCGGCACAGCGGCCUGAGCGGCAGGCAAACUUGGAUAUGUUUCUCAGCUGGGCUGUGCGCUGCGACCGAAAGAACCCGACGGCAAUGGUUACGUGGCUCAUCAAUCAGAAAAACGCCUCGGUGCUGCGCAACACGGAUCUGAUCUUCCAAAAGGAAAUGGCGCUGCGCAUCAGCAAAUUCUUUCCUGGCGUUGUUGCCCGAAUCUUCGUCUGUAAUAUGAGUAGUGCGCUAACUUAUGUGAUAAGGCCGCUGCUACGGCAGCUGCCCCGAACAAUCAGCGAGUGCAUCUUUCUCUUCUCCGCGAGCGACAUCAAUAAGGGCGAGCUGCUGAAGCUCAUCGACCCGGAGGUGCUGCCGGUGGAGAUGGGCGGGAACAAUGACUGCGACCACUCGCCCAACUACGAGCGCUUUGCGACGACUAUCGAGUGUUACUUUGACCGCUGCAUCAGAGCCCUCAGCGAGGGCAAGUCCAUCAAGGAGAUGGAGAUGAUGGAGGAGUUCGACGUCGACAAGCACGGCGCUCCCGUCGCUCCAGCAACUGAAGGUGUGGCCGCGGGGUACACCAACUCUACACCCACGCCGAACGAUGCAACCGUCAUUGGAAGUACGGAGGCGUACCAGAACAUGUCGACGGCUUGGUCAAACACAACCACGACGCCCAGCGAGGAGACGCUUGACUUUGCCAUCAUACAAGAGCCAUGCACUGUAGUGGUAGACAACGAAGGGCAAAGGGAUAUGAUUCAGGGCGUUGUCCAACCCGACCAACAAGGAGAGCAUCUCGUGCCUCUCACAAGUGGCACUGUCGCCAUCGACUGGAACACGUUGUGUGCGUCAUCGUCGGCGUCCCUGCCAUCUCUCAUUAGUCACGUGCCAAGCACUAACCUCUUUGACUGUGUUAGUGAGCCCGGUGAAUCCAUGGGGGACUUUGCCGACUCUACCAUCACCAGGGAGGGACUGUACCGGGUGCACCUCAGCUCUAUUGAGGAGUUCUCGUACUCGGUGAUCCUGCGCAAGUACCUUGCGCAGGGCCAGGGCGGCGGUUGUGGCGGUGCCAUCUCGGAGCAGUGGGAUGCAUGUCUUCGUGACUGGAUCUCCUUCCGCUGCCAGUGCGUGGAGCUGGUUCCAAAGCUGGAGCACCUCUUGGAGGCACUGAGACUCGGUGCCAUGCUGUCAGAGGACGAGGAGGACGUAGUCACCCAGCUUCGCCGCUGCAGCCACUUCAUGCUCAACCUCUUUCCGCAGACGCAGCGGAUGAUGCGCUUUCAUUUGCUGGACUGGUAUGCGGUGGGGGCCACGACACACUACCGCACUGCUGCUGCUGCCGCAGCGUCGACCACGAGCAAUAAGACGGUGACUGAUCACGGCGUAGUAGACUUGCUUUCUGUGAACCCGCGGCGGCUAGCGUUCCAGCUCGACUGCACCUCACCCGACAACGUCCUUCUCUCCGCACAGGCCGGCGCUAUCGAGUUUGUCGAGAACUGGGACGAUUUGAUUGCAUUAGAUCAGCGUAUGGGGCGAGUGGUGCGCCGCCUGCUGCUGACGUGGCCGCCACAGACAGGUCGAGUCACCUUCGAGGCGCAGCUCCACUCCAGAGCGCGUCAGCUGUGGGAGCAGCUAACGCCGCUGUUCCGCGUUUACAUCGAAGCCAAGGUGGGCAUCUCCCUCGCGGAGUUCAUCCAGCACUAUCGCCUGCUCGUGCCGGGCGGCUACAUUGAUGAGACGGCGGAGUGGUACCGGCUGCUCUUUGCGGCAGUGCUGCGGUACCGCGAGCUGCACCGCCGCAGCUGGCUCUUCCACGUUUUCCCACCACUGGGUCAUGCCGAUGUGAGGGCGGCCGAGCCGCCAACGAUGGAGGAGCUCCUGCAGGCUCAUGGGGACGCCGUCACGGAUGUGAAGGCUGCGGUAUCGCUCACGAUGCUGGUGGAGCAGUCACUGCGCUAUACCGCAGACCAGCUGAGCACGGACGGCGCUGGCGGUGCUGUGGCGACGCGCGCCACCGUGGAGCGCUAUCUUGAGGCGAGUCAGGCAAAGGUCUUCAUCCCGUACGAGACGCAGCGCUCUGGUGUGCUGCCCAGCGAGAGCAUUGCGCAGUACAGGAGGGCUGCAGCAACGUGCCUGAAGAACGCAGAGGCGCCACUACAAGAAUUUCUUUUCACCACUGUGAGCCUGUUCGUGCUCCAGCGCGAGUACCCGCCCGACAUGACCGAGGCGGAGAUCAUGGCGGCGCUGCAGCGGUCCAAAAAACAGAGCGCGGUGAAUAUGCAGGAGCGCCGCGAGCACCAGCAAGUCGCCAUCUCAUUUGCGGGCGUCUGCUCCGAGCUGCAGGGGAGUUUUGGCAGCGACAUUCACGGCCUUCUCACGACGUAUUCCGCACCGGACAUGCCCGCGUAUGGGUAUGCCUUAGGGCUGGAGCUGCUGCUAGCGGUGGCCAUUCUGAAAAGCCGGCGGAGCAGGAGCGGCAGCGGCGGACGUGGAGGGACACCCUUGCAGACCUCGUGUAAGCUUCUGUCUUCGGUGACUGCCUUGAGCGAGAACGAUAUCUGCGCGAUGAGCGAUGACACGGAGGUGCGUGAUGUCGGAGCGCCUUCCUUAGUUAGUGCUCAGUCUCUGCUGGAGACGCUGAACGCCAUGAGUCACCCUGCGCUGCGACUCGCCUCGCUCAAGCGCAUGCACAUUUUUUGA